AUGUCAAAGUUCUUUGCUGGUGGAUUGUCCGACAGCGACCUGUCCUCGUCCGAUGAGGAGGAUUUGUACGCCUCUAGUCAGUCCGAGAGCGACAACACGACGUCAGAUGAGUCGUCCGACGAGUCGUCAGAUGCUGAGGGAGACGUUGGUGGAGUCGACGACGAAUCGGAUUCUGAGUCUGACAAGCCUCGUGGCCAGUACAUGCGUAACCAGUUCUUGAAGGGGCAGGGUUCCUCUGAUUCCGAUUCUGAUAGCGACGACAGCGACGAUGAUCGCAAGGUUGUCAAGUCGGCUAAAACCAAGUUGUUUGAUGAGAUUGAUGGCGCCGCCAAAGCCGUGGAUAGCGCCGUCAAACAGGGCGACUGGAUUUCUGCUGUGGCUUCGUUCGACAAAAUGGUCAAGUCUGGUGAGCGCGCGAGCCGCCAGUACGAGGCUGUACCUACUAGUCUUGUGCGCACUCUUGUGGAGCUGGAGUCCGCCGUCGCCGCCCGCGGUGGUAAAAAGCUCAGCCCCAGUCAAUCCAAGGCUCAGAAUACCAUUCGCCAGCGACUCAAGCGUGCCCAGCGUGACUUUGAGUCUCGCGUUGAGCUGUACAGACAGGACCCGGAUAACUACAAGCCCUCUCUCACUUCUGCUAGAGACACUCCUCAGGGCACCCGUGAAGGAACUCCGGCCACCGCUACUGCCACUGAAGAGUCCGCAGAAGGUUCUGUAUUCAAGACCUUGAUGAGCAUUGUUGAGAUGCGCGGUAAGAAGAAUACCGACCGUUCUGAACAGGUCAGUGUGCUGGAGAAUUUGUUGACUACUUGCACCACCGCCUACCAAAAGAUCUCUGUUUUGCUGAUGUUGAUUCCUAUCCGUUUUGAUCUGACUUCUUCUGGCAGCAUCAUGCCUUUAGCCACCUGGCAAGCCAUCGACGCCGAUAUCCGUGCUCUGUUCGAGGUUUUGGAGGCUAACGCUGAUGAGUAUAUGGUUAUUGAGUCUGCUACUGAGCCCGAGGAUCUCGAGAUGGGCCCCGAGCCCGAUGUCAACGGUAUCAAGCGUAUCCCUGGUUCUGUCAGCGCCUUGAUUGAGCGUCUUGACGAUGAACACACCCGCGCUCUUCAAGUCAUUGACCCUCACACUACCGAGUACAUCGACAGACUGCGUGAUGAAACCAAAUUGUACGACCUGUUUUUGCGUGCCCAGGCUCAUACUGAGCGCAACCUCGCUCGUCUCAACACACCUCUUGCCGAGUCUGAGUCUCUUUGCCGGCUGCUGGUCCGCCGGGUCGACCACAUUUAUUACAAGCCUACUAGUGCUAUUGUCACUAAUGAGGUUGAGGCAUGGGCUCGUGUUCCCAAGGACCUCGAUUCCAAGAUUACUCCCCGUAUCACCUCCGCCCCUGCCGAUGAGAAGGAGUACACCAUCACUGUAGUGAACCAGAUGUGCUCUGUACUUUACAAGCAGGCCAACACCACGUUCCGAGCCCGUGCCAUGCUCGCAGUGAUUUAUCAUUAUGCCCUCAACGAUUACUACUAUAAGGCCCGCGAUCUGCUGUUGAUGUCACAUCUACAGUCUUCCAUUUCAAGCGCAGAGCCCUUGGUCCAGGUCCUCUUCAACCGUGCCCUUGUACAGGUCGGUCUGUGUGCUUUCCGUGUUGGCUUGAUCCCCGAGGCAAUGCAGUCUCUCCACGAAAUCUGCUCCUCGUCUCGUCUUAAGGAGCUCCUUGGUCAGGGUCCCGUCAAGCACGGUGGUGCCGUCGCCCAGCAGGAUCGUCAACAACUCCUUCCUUUCCACAUGCAUAUCAAUGUCGAGCUCAUUGAGUGUGUCUACCUCACAAGCUCAAUGCUUAUUGAGGUUCCAUAUCUGGCCAGCUUGCGCAACUCUGCCGACUUGAAGAAAAAGAUCAUCUCCAAGCCUUUCCGUCGUAUGCUCGAUUAUCAAAGCCGCCAGGUGUUCAGCGGUCCUUCGGAGAAUACUCGUGAUCAUAUCAUCCAGGCAGCAAAAGCUUUGCAGUCUGGUGACUGGAAAAGUGCCAGUGAGCUGCUCGGCUCGAUCAAGAUCUGGAAUCUGUUGGCCGACUCGGAAAAGAUCAAAAACAUGCUUCGCAGCAAGCUCCAGGUUGAGGGCCUGCGUACUUACUUGUUGACUUACGGUACCUCUUACGGAUCCCUUGCUCUUUCCUUCCUUGAGAUCAUGUUCCAGCUGCCUAUCGCACAGAUCCGCUCGCUGGUUACUAAAAUGAUUGCUAAUGAUGAGAUCACUGCUGCGCUUGAUGACUCCGAUAACUAUGUUGUUUUCCGUGCUGCGGAUCUCACUAAACUUCAGGUUCUUUCCCAAGCCCUUGCUGAGCGGGCUGUCAGUUUAGCCGAGCGUAACGAGCGCCUCGCUGGUGACGGUCACGGCCCUGAACAGACCAAGAAAGUCUCCAACCGUAAGCCUGUUCGCGCCUAA